AUGCUAAUCCUCAACCUGCUGAUCUCUGUUGCCGGUUUGACGCUGGUUACCGCCGGACUCUGGGCAGUUGCGAAUGAAGGCUACUUCCUGCGCAUGCUCGCACCAUUCUCCCGCCGUGCCGUCAAUGCUAGCAUCCUCUGCGCCACGCUGGGGGCGGGGCUUUUGGUGCUGGGGCUGCUGGGAUGCAGCGGCGCCGUUCGAGGGAACAAGUGUCUACUGCUAGCGUUCUUCUCGGUGCUAGCCGCCGUCUUUGUCGCUAACGUGGCGUCCGGAGUCGUCGUGCUAGCAUACCCCUCUCUGGCAGAGGAAAUUUUGCAGGUGGUUGCUAGCGCGACGCUGCGCGAGGACUACGGCAGUGAUCCACUAGCGACGGCGGUCUGGAACGCUACGAUGGGCCAGCUAGCUUGCUGCGGCUACUCCGGCUUCGCCGACUUCCCCGGUCCGCUGGUCCCGCCCCCCUGCUGCCGAAGCCCCGCCCCCUGCGGCCGCCGGGGUGCAGCGCGCAGCGGCGUGCCGGGCUGCUCCCGGGCCAUCCUGCGCGUGCUAGCGCAGCAUGCUAACGUGGUGGGUGGAGUCACCGUUGGAGUUGGAGCGCUGGAGAUCGCCGCCAUGAUGGUUUCCAUGUUCCUGUACUGUCAGCUGGAGAAACAAGCUAGCUAA